CUUAGAAAAAAUAAUUAAUUAAUUAAUUAAUUAAUUAAUAAAAUAAUAAAAUAAAAAGCAAGACAUUCAAAAUGACAUCAGAAUCAGACACAUUGCUUUCAAGAACCCAAAAAUCAAACCGUUCUGCAUCUCCAGUCCCUAACUCUUACUUAAACAACUCUCAUCUCGCCAACUCUAGUCCUCAUCUCACAUUACCCCACUCAAGACGCUCCAGUCUUUCUAGCACAGGUUCAGCAGAUCCAAUAGACCUUCCAAUCCCCACCCUCCGCACUCAAAGAUCCCAGCCUCAAUUAUCUCGUCCAACUCUCCAGACCAAGGAUAGCAAAGGACGCCUCAGAAGACAGAAAUCAGGGGAAGAUACAACAAGCUGGACAAAACAAAAGCCAGCUUUAGAUACAGUUACUGCCAAACGAAAUGCCGAGUUCCAUGCCCUUUUUCGUAGUGUACCUGAAAAAGACUCUUUGAUUGAAGACUAUGGUUGUGCACUUCAAAAGGAAAUCCUAUUGCAAGGUCGCAUUUAUUUCUCUGAAAAUCAUAUCUGCUUUAAUGCCAAUAUCUUUGGCUGGGUCACCAAUCUGGUGAUUGCAUUUGCAGACGUAAUUGAUAUUGAAAAACGCGCUACUGCCAUCUUUAUUCCCAAUGCAAUUCUCAUUUCUACUUCUACAGCAAAGUAUUUCUUUGCUUCUUUUCUCUCUCGUGAACAAGCAUACGACCAAAUGGUCGACCUAUGGCAUAUGAAACAGUCCAAUCUAGAAAUCAAUGAUUACAGCGCAAUAACAACCGAAGAUAUCAGCGAUACCGACGAAAGCUCAGGAUCUUAUGAAUCAGAAGAUGAACAACGCCCUCGCAUGGUAUCCGCUGCAAAAUCCUCUCCUUCAAUUCUUCUAAAAUAUCAAGAAAAACAAUCUUCAGUGGCUUCAUUACCAGUACAAAAAUACUCCAAGCUAGUCGAUCAAGACACAGUCCGUUCACGAGCAUUCUCUGAAGCAGGUCCUCGUCCAAACAUCCAGUCUCUUGCCAAGAAACAAUCAGCACAAGAAAAACUGGCUGCAUCUGUUGAGACCGAAGAGGAAGGACUACCAACACUGCCAACACCACAACCUGUUAAUAACAACACCUCCCCUCAGCUAGAGACAGAAUGCGAAUGUGGGAAAAAGGGAGAACACUAUCCUACUACCGUUUUGGAUCAAAUAUACCCAGGAUCAAUAGAAUCAAUCUAUAAUUUGCUUUACAACAGUACUUUCUUAAAACAAUUCUUAACAGACGUAGAAAAGAGUACAGAUGUCACAAUAGGUGCAUGGGCAAAAGGAGAGGGUGCGGGCAAAUGCGUACGUUCAAUUUCAUAUGUAAAAUACCUUGGUGCAUCAAUUGGUCCAAAGACUACAAAGUGCAACUUAAAAGAAGAAAUACAGCAUUUGGAUCUUGAAUCGUAUGUUACCCAGUUAACUAUCACUCAGACCCCAGAUGUACCUGCCGGAAGUUCUUUCUUUGUCAACACAAGAACAUGUAUUUCUUCAGCAGGCCAAGGAAAAGUACGUGUGCUGGUCACUGUACUUAUUGACUUUGUAAAGUCUUCCUGGUUGCGCUCUACGAUUGAAAAGGCUUGUAUCGAAGGCCAGACAAACUAUUACCGAUCCCUCGACACUUUUAUCCGUCAACAGAUUGGCACCACUAAAUCGGACAAGAAGAAGAAGCGUAGUCACCGACCUCACCACCACACCGAACAUGAAUCUCUCAAAUCAAUCUCAACCACAUCAACAGAUAACGGAGGAAUUAUUAAUUGGAUUACGAAUAAUGUUGGAACCCCAAAUGCGUCUCAACUCACUGUCUUGUGCAUGGUUAUAAUGGUCUGCAGUAAUCUUUACAUUGCCAACAAGAUAGCAGUCGUCAACAAAAAGCUCAAUACAACUGAACAUCCCUCUGUUGCCGCAAUAUCAUCAGCAUCACAAGGAAACCUCCGUGAGUGGCGUCAGGAUCAUGCAAAUGAAGCACGCGAAUUGUGGCAGUGGCUGGGUGGAUUAGAUCCUGAAGAAAAGGAACGUGAGCGGUUUGAACGAUGGCAACCCGACAAUACUCCAGUAGUCGAGGAUCUUGGGGUGGUCGAGAGUCAUAUGGGAGCCAAAGAGCAGUUGGACCGACACAUGGUUGCUCUUGAGAGAAUGGUUCAAAAGGCGGGUCAAAGUAUGGAAGAAGCAACAAAGAUUGUAGAAGAGCAGCGUCAGAGACUUCAUUUAGAAUGGUCUGAAUGAUUUCAUUAUCAUUAAUCACUAUUCAUUUUUAUUAUUAUUAUUAUUACUUAAAAAAAAAGAAUCUAUUAUCAAUGUUUGAGCUGAAUUUGGUACGAAUAAUAAUAAUACUAAUAAUAAAAAAAGAAAGAAAGAAAG